AUGGCCCUGAAGCUCGCACACGCUAACACUUUUCCCAUCUUCGCCCCAACCCUCGACCCCAACCCCAACCCGCGCCCAUCCUCGGACCUCCGUCUGACUCGCUGGAACAACCCGCAAACCCGCUCCGACAGGUCCCCCAAUGCCCACCAAACAUCCCGGCCCUCCGGCCCGCCCAAAAGGCCCAAAAGCCCACCAAGGCCCAACGUGGACCAGCAGUCCCACCCGGCGUUCAGGUUCUCCAACAUCCCCAAAUCCAAACCGCGACGGAUAACCUCCGCUCCCGAAAAUGUAAAAAUGAGCGACGACGGACUCUCCUACGUAAUCGAGGGUGCUCCGUUUGAGUUCAAGUACAGCUACACGGAAACCCCCAAAACCAAGCCAAUCAAAAUGCGCGAAGCGCCUUUCCUGCCGUUCGGUCCGAACACCAUGCCGCGGCCGUGGACUGGGCGCGCGCCUCUGCCGCCGAGCAAGAAGAAGCUGAAGGAGUUCGACUCUUUCGAGCUUCCGCCGCCUCACAAGAAGGGGGUUAAGCCGGUGCAGUCACCGGGGCCGUUUUUGCCGGGGACAGGACCUCGGUACGUGAAGACGAGAGAGGAGAUUUUAGGGGAACCAUUGACGAAGGAGGAGAUUCGUGAAUUGGUUAAAUCCUGCAUGAAAACCCAACGCCAACUCAAUAUGGGUAGAGAUGGUUUGACGCAUAAUAUGUUGGAUAAUAUACAUGCUCAUUGGAAGCGGCGGAGGGUGUGCAAGAUCAGGUGUUUGGGAGUGUGCACUGUGGAUAUGGAUAAUGUUUGCCAUCAGUUAGAGGAAAAGACAGGGGGGAAAGUCAUUUUCAGACAGGGCGGUAAGGUGUACCUGUUUCGAGGAAGAAACUACAACUAUAGAACCCGCCCAUAUUUUCCACUGAUGUUGUGGAAACCUAUGACUCCAGUAUAUCCUAGGUUGAUUCCGCGAGUUCCUGAAGGUCUAACUCUGGAAGAAGUUACUGAAAUGCGUCAAAAGGGACGCACAUUGAUUCCCAUAUGCAAGCUAGGAAAAAAUGGUGUUUACAUUACCCUAGUAAACACUGUCAGGGAGGCAUUUGAAGAGUGUGAACUAGUGCGUAUAAACUGCCAAGGACUAAAUAAGAGUGACUAUCGAAAGAUUGGAGCAAAACUAAGGGAUCUUGUACCAUGCACAUUACUUUCCUUUCAAUAUGAGCACAUACUUAUGUGGAGAGGACCAAAUUGGAAGUCCUCUAUACCAGAUCUUGGGGAUGACCUCAAGGAGGGCAAUAAAAUUGUAGACGAUAAGAAUGUUGAACCACGGCCAUCAGAGGCCGUAGAUUUCUCAGCGCCAGGUCUACAGAAUAACCCAGUGGAGCUUGCAAGAAAUUUAUCACAUGACACUAGCAUUUCCCCUAGUUCAAGUGAUGUGACUUUGGAUAAGGUUGAGGUGCCAUAUCCCAAUGAAAAUAGCCCCCAAUCUAUUUCUGGGGUAACUGAAGUUGCUUCACUUACAAAAACCUAUGAAGUUGAAACCUCAAAUAUUGCCACAGACUCCUGUGCUGAGCCAGACCCUAGCACGAGUCCCAGUCCAAGUAUGAUCUUAUCACACUAUAAUAGCAGUUCUGAAUGCUCGAUGAGAGCUAUGAGUGAAAACCAUUUAACCGAGGAUAUAAUGGAGAGCAAAACCUGCUGUGAUGCUCUUUCUGCUUCAAUAUCAGGAUCUGAUGCAACUGUUGGAGGUGGUGACAAUUAUAUCGAUGGCAUGGUAGAUCCUCAUUCUGAUAAGCUGCUAGAUGCUUUAGGAGAAGCAGAUGUCAGUCAGUCACCAAGGUCAGCUGCUCCUUGUAUGAAAGAAAUUUUGUUACUGUUCGAACAAGCUGUUGAGAAAGGUAGUGCUCUUGUUUUAGAUAAAGAUUCUUUGGAUGCGGACAAUAUUUAUCAAAAAACAGUUGCCUUUGCCAAAUCAGCUUCACCUGGACCAGUUUUUGGGAAACACAGAAAAGCUGUGGCUCAAAAGAGUUACAAGAAAGAAGGUUCGACUGUAGAGAUUAAUAAAGAAACUAUCACUGUUUCCAUGGAACGGAAAAAAGCGAAGAGUACUAAAAUUCCUAGAGAAGCAAAUUUUGAUGACCAAUUACUGAAUGUUGUACCACAAGGAACAUUAGGAGUUGAUGAACUUGCUAAACUUUUAUCAUGA